UGAUACAAUAUUUUGAUUGGAGUAUAUUACCAAAUAAUUAUCAACAGAUGACACAAUUAUAUCGUAUGGCAUUGUAUUAUAAAAAAAUAUUAGAAAGAGUUCCCGCGAAUCCACAAAUAACUUAUCAAUAUACUCAAAAUAUAUUAAUAACCAAUGAGAUUAAACUAUAUAAAAAAGAAGAAGAUAUAAUAGUAAAAAGAUUAAAUUAUGCUAGAUGGAUGUUUCAACAAAUACAUGGUUCUUUUCUUGCGACUACAACAAUUAAUGAUGCAAAAAAUUUAUAUGACAGAUGGAACAAAUGGAUUAAAAAUAAUGUAGUGUCAGGAACAGAUUUACUACCUGGUAUUCCAAAUGCGAUUGCUAGAGCUCGUAGAAAAUGA